CUAGACAGACGAUCUAACUAACCUCACUUUUAUAAAUAACAAUACAAAAAUAAAAACAAACUGAAGAUUCUGAAAAAGAACGAAAUUCUGAAUAAAUUAGAGGGCAUUAUUAAUUGUAUGAUUGAUAUGAAUGAAAAAGAAAUUGAUACCUGCUCACUAAACAGCAACGACAGUGAUACUACCAUUAUAGACUACAGUAUUACAAAAGAUAAAGUAAAGAACAUAUACGAUUUAUCUGAAUUCGAGGAAUGCGAACCUCAUGAAAGACGAUCGCCUAGUACCUCACCAUUCCAAGAUGAAUAUGUUCCUGAAAUUGCAGAGUACACUUGCACAAGCCAAAAUGUUCUACGAACCGAAAAACUAUCACCUAGUACCUCACCUUUCCAUGAUGAAUCUCAUCCUCAAAUUGCAGCAUACACUUAUACAAGCCGAAAUGUUCAAGAAACAAUUAUAUUAUCUAGUGAUGAUGAGUCUGAAUAUAACAAAAUUAAUGCUGAGAUAAUCCUUAAACAUAAAAAUAGCACUGACUUAGCAUUAGAAAAAGAUAAUACAAUUUUUGAAAUGCAAAAUUUUGAUCUUAUAGAAAACGGUGAUAAUCAAGAAACACACACAGAUAGCCAAAAGAAAAAGAGAGGUCCAAGGAAGAAAAACACUGAAAAUGACAACGAUGGUCCUACAAAAGAGCCAUCAUCGCCAAAGCAAAAGAAAAAGAAACUAUCAGAAAAAGAGAUUAAUCUAAAAAAGGUUCAAAAAACCAUUCAAAAGCAUAGUCGAGACCCAGAAAAAUCCAUAGAGGAACUAACACUGAACAUAGAUCAAUCAAUUCUUAAUAACAUAGAAUAUGGAGAAAGUAUCAAAACUUAUUUAGAAGACAAAGGUAUUCCGUAUGUAGAGAAACCUUCUUCGCAAGAUUUGAUAUCUUGGACAAGAAAAGUUGAAAAAAUAGAAGAUGAGGAAAUAAUUGAAUUUGAGAGCCAAGAGGGACACUAUAUGAAAAUUGUAACACCUGCACAAUUCGGGAACUUAAUUCCAAUUAUAACAAGUCUUAAGUCCUCUACAAACUUUGAUCAUCUCACGAUUCUUGUUUAUGGCAUUGGCAAGCCUACAGAUAAACAGGAAUUGGAGAUUCUGGAAGCAGAGAUGUUCUUCCCGACAUUUUGGAAUUUUGUACGAACCAAGGAAGCUGUAGCUUCAUUUAUUUACAUGGCUACCAAAGCAGUUUCGUAUUAUCCUUAUAAGGCAGAAAAGGAGGAGAAAGAUAGACAACAAAAUGAAUACUUCAACGAUGUCAACAAAGAUGUGGUAAAAGUAGACAAAAACGGCAAUGGAUUGAACAGAUUGUGGCGUCAAAUGUUGACGAAAUUUCCAUUAGCUAGAUUGGAGACAGCCGAGGCAAUCACUACAGUGUAUCCCACAAUGUCAUCGCUAUGUCAGGCUUAUGAGACUAGCACUGAGCCCGGUGAAGUUUUAGUGCAAGAUUUACCUAUCAGGAGAGCCCAAGGUCCACUAGCAUCAGUAAGAAAAUUGGGUCCAGAAUUUAGCAAAAAGUGCCAUAAUUUUUUUAUGUCCGAGAGCAAUAGAUUGUUAUGAAUGAAAAUAUGUAAUUUGAUAAAUAUAAAAUUGAUUUUAA